UAAAUCAUUCUUCUCAUUUGCAUAAAAAAAAUAGCCGCAGAAUUUUUUUCUCUCUCUCUCUCUCUCUCUCUCUUUUUCUAAUUUUUUUUCUUAUUCAAGAUCGCGUCUAUUGAUCAAUAAUGGUUGAUACAACUAGCAGCUUCUUUCAUUUUAAUGAUACACCAACUUAUUCUUCAGAACUUCUUGACUUGCUCAUAAAAACUUUGAAACAAAACGCUAAUCAUUUAAAGACAGAAAUAAGCGUUCAACUUGGAGAAGGAUUUCAAAGUGUAACAAGACCAUGGGCUUUAGUUCUUGCCAAGGAACCAGAUGUAUUCCAAGAUACAGUUAAAAACAGAGUCAUGUCUAUCCAUACUCGUCGCAUCCCACCCGAGGAACGGUUUUGGCUGAACUCCAUCCAAGUUUGCCGAGUAGAAAAUAUACACCAAUUACGAGCUAUCAUAUGUGCCUUACAUAUGAAAGAGACAAAUCAAGAAGCACAUCAUAUCAUUCAAUGGAUUGAACGCGAAAAAGAUGGUCAGCCACCCAACAUGAUUGUUGUUGUUGACUUGUUGGACUAUCUUGUAAAUCGACAAGAUAAAUUAAAUGAUCCAUUACGUUAUUUGUACAUAGAGAAAAUGACUAACAUAUUUCUAUUGUGGAACCUAUUAUUAACAAGUGGCAAUGAACUCUGCCGUGCGUUGUCAGUACUUGUAGAAGUCUGUGUCUAUGAAACUAAAGUUGGUCGAAUGCAUUGGGAGAAGGCUUUGGGGUUUGAAAUAAACCAUUUUACCGAGUUAUUGAUCACAGACAAAGACUGUUUGCCUUCUCUCCAUCAGAUCACCAAAGAUUAUUCCCCAUUCGUAAAAGACGGUAUCCAAAAACUACAUCAAAUUUUAAACUACUACAUAGACAAAUUGUACAUUUAA